GAGGUUAGGGGGGGGGGACUAGCUGUGAGAAAGUAUGGUAGACAGGGGUCCCUUGUUGACUUCGGCUAUUAUCUUCUAUCUGGCCAUCGGGGCCGCAAUCUUUCAUGUCUUGGAAGAACCGAACUGGACAGAAGCUGUGGAGCAAUACAAGAUCACAAAGUUAGCCAUCCUGAAGGCACAUCCCUGCCUGACACAAGCUGCUCUGGAAAAGAUCCUGGAGGAUGUUGAAAAGGCUGCCGGCCAAGGCGUCACUAUCACGGGCAACAAGACUUUCAAUAACUGGAACUGGCCCAAUGCUGUUAUUUUUGCUGCAACUGUGAUCACCACAAUUGGAUAUGGAAACAUCGCUCCCAAAACCUCACCGGGCCGUCUCUUCUGCAUUUUCUAUGGGCUGUUUGGCGUGCCACUGUGUCUUUCCUGGAUAACUGCAUUAGGAAAAUUCUUUGGGGGUCGUGCCAAGAAGCUGGGCAAAGCGUUAACCCGAAAAGGCGUGAGUCCGCGGAAGGCACAGAUUACCUGCACUGCCAUUUUCAUCCUUUGGGGCGUUCUGCUUCAUCUGCUGAUGCCACCGCUUGUCUUUAUGGUGACUGAAGGCUGGUCGUAUAUCGAAGGCUUGUAUUUCUCAUUCAUCACCAUCUCCACCAUUGGAUUCGGAGACUUUGUAGCUGGUAUUGACCCAAAUGCAAACUACCACGUCCUCUACAGAUAUUUUGUGGAGCUGUGGAUCUACCUGGGCUUGGCGUGGCUGUCCCUCUUCAUCAACUGGAAGGUCAGCAUGUUUGUACAGGUUCACAAGGCCAUCAAGAAGCGGAGGAAGCGGAGGAGGGGAUCCUUCGAACUGGAACCGAACCAGGAAAAACCUCUUGGUUCCAAAAUGCCCCGUGACUCCAAAGAGGUCAACAUCUUCCAAUUUCUGACCAAGAAACAAGAAGGCUACAAUGACCUCAUCCAGCAGAUUGGCUCCCAGGCCCUGAAGGCUCACGGCAGUAAAACCCUGGGAGUUGAUGCACUGGCUGAGCAAAUGGUCAGAGAAGAAACACCUGUGCCCAAUGAGUGUAGAAAAAUAGGACUGAAGAGAUUUUGCUAUGAGACGACCAACCUGUCAGCUGUCCAUGACCAUGACACCAGAAUGCCACUAAAUAGUAAAAAAGAUCUGGGUAACCUUGCUGAUGGGGCAGUGAGAGAGAAUCAGCUGGACAGAGCUGGGGGAGAGGACAAUUCAAUCUGGGAAGGGCACAGGCACCCGCUGCUGUUUUUCGAGAACAUCAAUAUCACCUUCACAGAUGAGCUGAAUCUCAGCGACAAAGAGAAGGUGGAGCUGUCCCGCGAUGAAAACGUGACAGAUGACGGAGACAGUGACAUCCUGCCACCCACGCCAAACUCCAAUGAUUCUGACUACAACAUCCGCAGGUUCAGCAGGUCAUCGCUUGAAUACGAACAGCUGAUGAACAGAUACAACAAGGUGCACAACACUGAGGCGGUGACAUAACUGGGCUGCCCUUUGCAAAGGCAUUCGAGAAGACGCCUUUUCCUUUUAUGAGAGGCUAAUUACUAAAGAAAAUGCUGACUAGUCUCAAAAGGACUGUACAAUUCGAAAUACCUCCAAGCCAUGAGUAUAAUUGUUUAUUGGAUUCCUUUUUGGCGAAAGAGCUGCUUCGCAAAGCUGGGAGAGGAGCAGAGUCUCCUACCAAUGAUUGACUGGCAUUGUAAACUAUGACCUACAUCAAUGAGGAACUUUUUUUAAAAAGUAAAAAAUGGUUCCUUUUUGUGUUUUUUUAUGUCUGGUGAUGAAUGUUGUUAAACGCUCUUCUGAGCCAGGAACAGUAGAAGAAGCAAUGAUGGGUUCUAUUGAGACAGCUGCUUGGCUCCAGGCCACUUUGUCACCAAAGUUCUGCUCGGACCUGGAUUGAACAAUGUGCGAAGACAGCACAGAAAUUUCGCUGUGUUUUUGGAGGAAGAGAUGGAGAAACUCAUAAUGUGAUGAUCUCAUGGACAUUCACUUUAUAAGUGACUUUUGUAUGCGUUUGUUUCAUUUCUUUACGGUCAAACCUUUUCAACAAAGCUGAAGUUAGAAGUUUGCCCAGCUGUGGCAUUGCCCUCAGUCACUUGCAGUAAAGGCCUAAAGAGAAUUUGCAGAAGAAUACAGAAAAGCUGUAAAUGAUGUAUUGUUUUAAACAAAUAGGGCAGUUGACUAAUGCACUUAAAAAUCAGAUGACUGCCAUAUUUCACAUAAAUAAUGUUUUUGAAAAGUUUUUUUUUGUUGCUGGUGGUGAUUGCAGAAGUUAUUGCCCAAUUAUUUUUUUUAAUAUAUAAGAGUGGUUUUCUAGUUGGAUUAUGAUAGGAUUAUUUUUUUCCCGUAUUCUGUGGUUGCACUGUGAUCAUUGUUCUUAUUGGUCUGUACUCAUUCAAGCACAGGGUUGGCUGGCAGUAACACCCUGUGCAGGAAAGAAGAGAUGUGAGGGUUUAGCCACGUGCCAGUGCCUGUUGCCCAUUGCUGAGCUCCCAAGUAUUUCCAAGUCACAAUUAUUUCCAAUUAUACUGAUUAUACUGGAUGUUCAUGGGGGAGCGAGCUUUCUAGCUAUAAUUUUUGGAAACUCAGAGCAGGAAUUCACACUGGUGACCUUUACCAUUUUUAACACAAAGAUACGAAGUGACCUGAGGAAAAGGAUAUUGCAGAACUGAGAGGGUAACGUUUUCACUGACUUGAAAUAAGACACUUUCACCAGCAUAAAAGUGUAUCUCUGGCUACUGUGUAAAACUGUGGCACAAGAAUUUUCCUUCAAGAAAAUUCGGCAAUCGUGAAAGCAUAUACCAUGGCAUCACGUUUGCAUUCAGUUGAGUUAAGGUAUGGGAAUAUUUAAGCAAUUGUGUUUUUAAAUUGUUUCUUUUUCAUUGAAGUUUAAUUUGUAGGAGAUUUUAGAUAAUUCACGGAGUUAGUGAAGAAUUUUUUUUUAGUCUUUAAUUGUUUUUCACUGACUCAAGUUUUUCUAGGCAUUCAAAUCAAUGUGACACACUCCCAUUUUUUUUUGUUGACUUCAUUCAAGGACAAGUCACUUGAAAAUGUUUCCAAACCCCACUAUAUUACAACAGUUAGAGAAUGUGUUUAUCCUGGGCGGAGGGGGAUACACUUAUUCGCAGGAAAGAUCAUUUAUUUAAGGGUCGCAGAAAGUUAAAUGUUUUGCCUUUUACCAAAACCUUUGCAUCCAGAAGAAUCUCUGUUGACACAUCGCGCCUCAGAUGAUGCAUCGCUGACCUAACUCUCGUCUCAAUUCCCUGCUCUUUUUUCGUGUACUCCUUUGUGUUCUUCAAAUGUUUAUUCAUUUGGAAUGCUUUAAUAUUUGAAGUGAAGACAUUCCCAGAAAUGUAGGCCCAGGAAAGCCGUGCAUUUGUUAAAGAGCAGCCUAAGUAUAACUAUGUACAACACAGUACCGUAUCUGGCAAGGAAUCCCAAAACACCAGGGGAGGAGUAAACCAAGAACACAGAGACUCAGUGACUUGCCUUAAACUCACUACUAGACACUCACUGCUAUUCCUUAUCUACAUAGGGGUAAAAUGUGCAAGAUUAAUUCAAUGUAGUUACUGGUAACUGUUAAAUGGUAUGAAAUAUGAGAUUCUAAGUGAAUGGCACUAGUAUUUUAUACACUAUGUACUCAAAGGGGAUGAAAAAGUGUCCUCUUGAACGAAAGGUUGGACUGAUAGAAUGCUGAACUCCUAAGGUUAAAGGGUUGAUGGACGUUCUUUUCUGUCACUCCAUGUAAUAAGUAAUUCAGUGUGAUAUGCUUUGUAUUUAUUGCUGGAAUAUCUUGUGAUGAAUAUCUAUCCUUGUGGUUCUCUGAAUUGUGGCCUUAAUUUAUUAGAAUGUUCAUUCAGAAUGUAAAUACAUUUUUUUACGUAAUGCCAAA